AUGGGUCGCGAAGAGCAGAUUGAAGAGCGUGAAGUGCUCGAAUCCAUCUUUCCCGACGAAAUCACAGACAUCUCCGAAACCGAGUUCAGGAUAAAAGUCACCCUCGACAUCCCCGGCGAAGAGCCCACCGACGACGACUCCUCCCACGAACCCCCCCAUUUCCUCCUCUCCGUCCGCUACCCAGACGACUACCCCGACGCAGCGCCACACCUCGACAUCCUCUCCUCCCCGUCCAGCCCGCCGCACCCCCACUUCAAUGUCGGCGAAGACCGCGACAAGCUGCUCGCUGACCUCGCCGACACCGUCACCGAGAACCUCGGCAUGGCCAUGGUCUUCACCCUCUACUCCUCCCUCAAGGAGGCCGCCGAGCAGCUCGUCCAGGACCGCAAGGACGCCGCCGAGCGCGCCCGCGAGGAGGAGCAGCUCGCCGCCGAGCGCGAGGAGAACAAGAAGUUCCACGGCACGCCCGUCACGCCCGAGACGUUUAUGAAGUGGCGCGAGGCCUUCCUCAAGGAGAUGGAGGAGAAGAGGCAGCGCGAGGAGGAGGAGCGGCUGGCGGAGCUCAAGAAGGCCAGGAUCAAGGAGCCCGUCAAGCUGACGGGGAGGCAGCUCUGGGAGAGGGGAUUGGCAGGCAAGGGUGAGGACUUGGAGGAUGAGGAGGAGGGGCUUGCGGAUGGUGUUGAGCAGCUCAAGGUGGAGGCUGUGUGA